AUGUCACAAAUUACAAAUUUUAUUAAUAACCAAUCAAAUGAUAAUAAUAAUAAUAAUAAUAACAAUAAUAUUAAUACCAAUAAUAAAAGUGGAAAUCUUUUAUCCUUAUCGAAGGAAUCAUCAAUUUUGUUAAUUAUUCAUUCAACUUCAUCUCCUGUAAAUUAUUUAUCCCAAAUAAAUAAUUCAAAUAAUUCAAAUAAUUCAAAUAAUUCAAACAAUUCAAAUAAUUCUAAUAAUUUUAAUAAUAAUAGUAAUAAUAAUAAUAUUAAUAAUAAUAAUAUAAAUAAUAACUAUAAUGCGAAUAAUAAUAAUAAUAAUAUAAACAAUAGUAAUAGUAAUAACAAUAUAAAUAAUAAUAACAACAAUAUUAAUAAUAAUAAUAAUAAUAAUAAUAAUAAUAAUAAUAAUAAUAAUAAUAAUAAUAAUAAUAAUAAUAAUUAUAAUAAUAUAAACAACAAUCAACAAAAUAAUCAAUUACAACAACAAAAAAUUAAUAAUACGAGUAGUGAUAAUAUAAGUAAUUUGAUAACAUCAUUAAGUAAUAAUAUAAAUAAUUCAAAUAAUAAAUAUAAUGGAUCAACACCACCUUUUUCAUCACCAAAAUUAAAUUCAACCAAUACAACACCAAACUCAACACCUCCAAGUUUAUCUUCAUCACCAUUAAACACAUCAACCAAUAGCCUUCAAUUGCUAUCAACAAUGAGUCAACAGAUUCAACAACAAAUUCAACAACAACAACAACAACAACAACAACAACAACAACAACAAACUCAACAACAACAACAAACUCAACCAAAAUUACCAAUUAAUAAUAAUAAUAUUGAUACAUUAAAAACAAAUCAAUGUAAAAUUACAGAUUGUAUUGUUUGUGAAAAUGGACCACCACCAAGUUUUGAAAAAGGUCAAGUACCAAUUUGGGCACAAAUUUUACAUGUUGCAUUAUUUGCAUUAACAGAGUCAUCAAAAAUCACACAAAAUAGAUCACCAAAUCAAUUGGAUGAUAAUUUAACACAUGGAAAACGUUAUUUUCAUCUAAGAGAUGAUAUAUAUGAAUUUAUAAAUGUUCAUUGGGAUUUAAUUUGUAAAAGAGAAAGAAUUCAAAACUGGAAACAUACAAUUGGUAUGACAUUAUCCCAUUAUCAAAAUUUAUUCCAAAAUGGUUAUCCAAUCUUUCAAAACACUGGUUAUUGGUGUUUGAAAGAUGAUGCUCCAAAUCCAUACACUUCUGAUUUUAUGGAUAAUUCAAGAAAAAGAAAAUAUUCUACAAAAUUAUCAAAAAAAAAUAAACAAUUACAACAACAACAAUUACAACAACAACAACAACAACAAUCACUACAACAAUUAAAUAAUAGUAGUAGUAGUAGUAGUAGUGAUGAAGAUGAACUACAACAACUACAACAACUACAACAACAACCUAAUAAAAGGUUAAAUUCCUCACCUUCUUAUGGCUCACCAUUAAUACAUGGAAUGGAAUCAUUAUUAAAUUCAAACUCCUCAUCACCAUUAAGGUCUUUAACACCAAAUCUAAGCUCAUGUGGUUCACCACUUCAAUUGGCAAUUACAAAUAAUAAUCAUAACAAUGUAAAUUAUAAUAAUACUCUUAAUAAUAAUAAUAAUAGUAAUAAUAAUAGUAACAAUAAUAAUAAUAAUAAUAAUAAUAAUAAUAAUAAUAAUAAUAAUAAUAAUAAUAAUAAUGGUAAUAAUAAUGGUAAUAAUAAUAAUAUUAAUAAUAAUGGUAAUAAUAAUAGUGGUGGUGGUGGUAGCAGUAAUUUUAGUAUUGGUGGUUUAUUGUCAAAUGAUGAAAGCGAUAUCAAUAUUAAUAGUAACAAUAAUAAUAACAAUACAUAUUAUGAAAAAUUUAAAUGUAUGGAAAAGGAAUUGGAUGAUUGCAAAAACGAAGUAAGAGAAUUACAAGAUGAAAUUUGUUUAUUGCAAAAUGAAUUAAAAAAUAAUAAUCAACAACAACAACAAAUUGUUUGA